AUGGGGCCGCGGCUGCUCCUGGCCGCGGGGAUGCUCCUCGCCGCCGGCACCGGGAGCAGCGGCAGCGCCGCAGGUGACAGCUCGUGGCAGCACCGUGCAGAACCAGGACACUACUGGCACGUGACCCCGUGGGUCCUGCGGGACAACCAAAAGCUCAGCUUGCCAGAGGCGACCCAGGAGGGGUUCCCCACCCAGCUGAGAGUCCUGCUGGAGCUGGAGGGGAUGAGGCUGGUGCUGGAGCUGGAGCAAAACUGGGAGCUGGUGCAGGGCAAAGGGGCGCUGCUCUACUACCUGCCCAACGGCAUGUGGGUGAUGGAGGAGCCCAGUGAGGAGGAGAACUGCUGCUACCAAGGGACAGUGCAGGGCUUCCCUGACUCCUGGGCCAACCUCUGUGCCUGUGCCGGACUCAGUGGCCACCUCCAGCUGUCAGAGACCAGGAGCUACGAGCUGGAGCCAGACAGCGACCCCUCAGAGCAACACCUCGCGUUCCGUCCGUGGGUGGUCCGGGUGGCACCACGGGCCUGUGGGCAGGACCCCCUGAACCCCCGCCCCAGGGCAGAGGUGACAGAGCCUCCCAGGCCACAGAGGGGCAAGCGGGCAGCAGCAGAGCAGCGGUUCGUGGAGCUGGUGAUGGUGGUGGACCACGCUGCGUUCCAGAAUUACCCCAACCUCCAACGUGUUCGCGUCCGGGCCCUGGAAAUCGCCAACCAGGUGGACGUGUUCUUCCGGCCGCUGGGCGUACGGGUGGUCCUGGUGGCGGUGGAGGUCUGGAGCGAGGGCGACAGGAUCGCGGUGGGCAGCAGCGCCCGGGCGGCGCUGGAGCGGUUCCUGCGCUGGCGCCAGGAGGAGCUGCUGCCCCGGCUGCCCCACGACAACGCACAGCUCCUGACGGGUGCCCGCUUUGCCGAUGUCUCGGUGGGGAUGUCGACUCAAGGCUCCGUGUGUUCCCCCGCGCGCUCCGGGGGGGUCAGCAUGGACCACUCAGUCAGCUUCCUGGUCGUUGCCUCCACCGUGGCCCAUCAGCUGGGGCACAACCUGGGCAUGCGCCACGACAGCCCCGGGCGCUUCUGCUACUGCAGCGACCUCCAGCACGACCGCGGCUGCAUCAUGGCAUCGCCCACGGGGCUGACACCCGGCUUGAGCUUCAGCAACUGCAGCCGGCAGGACCUGGAGCGCAGCCUGCAGCAGGGCCAGGGCUGGUGCCUGUCCAACGUGCCCAAGCCCCAGCUCCCGUUUGAGAGCCAGGACUGUGGGAACUUCAUCCUGGAGGAGGGCGAGGGCUGUGACUGCGGCCUCAGCGUGGAGUGCACGGAUCUCUGCUGCAACAGCAGCUCCUGCCAGCUGAUGCCAGGGGCCGCGUGUGCCACGGGGGACGCCUGCUGCCAGGACUGCCAGCUGCGCCGUGCUGGGUACCUGUGCCGGGAGCCGCUGGGGGAGUGUGACCUGCCCGAGUUCUGUGACGGGGUCUCACCGCACUGCCCACCCGACACGUUCCUGCAGGACGGGCAGCCCUGCGCCGGCGGGCGGGCACGCUGCUACAGCGGGGCCUGUGCCACCUACGAGGGGCAGUGCCAGCAGCUGCUGGGGACAGGCGCCGGCCCCGUCUCCAGCUCCUGCAUGGCCACCCUGAAUGCCAGAGGGGAUGAACGUGGGCACUGUGGGCAGCUCCCCAACGGCUCCUACAUCGCCUGCGCCCAGCAGGAUGCCCCCUGCGGGAUGCUGCAGUGCCAGCGCGGCAGCACCCGUGGGGACAAACCAGGAGGGUCCUGCCAAGGGACCCCCCUGCCUGCAGACGAGGAUGUGAGUGAUGCAGCCAUGGUGCUGCCCGGCACUGCCUGCGGCCCCGGGAAGAUGUGCCUCCAGCGCCGGUGCCAGGACAUCUCCGUGCUGGGUGACCAGCAGUGCCAGAGCAAGUGCCAUGGGCACGGGGUGUGCAACAACCACGGGCACUGCCACUGCGAGCAGGGCUGGGCCCCCCCGACCUGCGAGAGCCCCGGCACGGGGGGCAGCCAGGACAGCGGCCCCGCCGGCCUGGAGCGAGGGGGGAGUGCCCUGCCCACAGCCCUGCUGGUGAGCGCCCUGCUGGGGCUGGCGCUGGCACUGGGGCUCUGCUGCGCCCGCCGCGCCGGCCUGCACAAGCACCUCUGCCAGCUCGGCAAGGGCACCUCCUGCCAGUACAGGAUCUCGCAGCCAGAGCCCCCGUCGGGCAGCCGGGUCCCCCCCGCGCGCCCCCGGCCCCCGCAGUGGCGUCAGGCCACGGAGCUGCAGGCCAUGCGUGGCAGCAAGCCGGCUGCCCUCGGCUCGGCCCGGCCUGACCCGCCCUCCCGGCCCCUCCCGCCGGACCCUGUGCCCAAGGCCCCCCCCUCGGACAGGCCGCCCCCCCCCACGCGCCCGCUGCCCGCAGACCCCGUGGUGCUGCCGAGCCCUCAGCCCCCGGGUCCAGCCAAGCCCCCCCCACCGCAGCGGCCGCUGCCCCUGAACCCCCCGGGCCCUUCGCUCGCCCGCAGCGAGAGCCCCUCCGGGCACCCCUAUGUCACAGUGAUCCCUGCCAGGCCCGCCCCGGCCCCGCCGGAGGCCUGAGCCACAGGCCGGGACAAGACCGAGCCCCGCCGGACCCCGCCAGGCCCCCCCUGCCACGUCAACAAAGGGGCUGUGAGCUGCCCCCGCGCCGCCUCCGCCGCACCGGGACCGACACCGGGACACCGGGACAGCGGGAGCGGCCCCGGGACACCGGGAGAGGGGAGCGGUGCCGAACUACAACUCCCAGCAGCCCCCGCGCCGGAAGAGGCUCCCGGCAGCCGGCGCCCCCUGGCGGGGACCGCGCGCACCUGCAGCGGGAGGGGGGUCGGUGUCCCGAGGGGCCACGUGGGCGA